CUCAUGAAGGGCGAGACUCCAGUAAACAGCACCAUGAGCAUCGGACAAGCCCGCAAAAUGGUGGAGCAGCUCAAGAUCGAAGCCAGCAUGUGCCGAAUAAAGGUCUCCAAGGCGGCCGCCGACCUGAUGACUUACUGUGAUGCCCACGCCUGCGAGGACCCGCUCAUCACGCCCGUGCCCACCUCGGAGAACCCCUUCCGAGAGAAGAAGUUCUUCUGUGCCCUGCUCUGA